UUCGAGUUGUCCAGUAGAGAGAGCUGUUUGUGUCGGUAGUGUGUUUUUCCUCUCUGCUUAGCUGAAAGCGGAUAUUGUAAAGUAAAGUGAGAGACAGAGAGAAGCUAUAAGACGGAGUUGUCGUGUCAAUCUGGGUGAACGGAUCUCCCUUCCCGGCCUGGCCAUGGACGAACAGGCGGGUCCCGGUGUGUUUUUUAACAAUAACAAUAACUCGGCUUUGGCCGGUGGAGUCAAAGCAGUUCAGCCGGGCGACGGAGGCGGAGAGGCGGCGAGGGCGCAAUACAGUAUCCCGGGGAUCCUGCACUUUCUGCAGCACGAAUGGGCCCGUUUCGAGGUGGAGAGAGCGCAGUGGGAUGUAGAACGGGCCGAAUUACAGGCUCAGAUUGCCUUCCUACAGGGUGAACGGAAAGGCCAGGAGAACCUGAAGAAGGAUUUGGUGAGGAGGAUCAAGAUGCUGGAGUAUGCUCUGAAGCAGGAAAGGGCAAAAUACCACAAGCUAAAGUAUGGGACUGAACUCCUGCAGGGAGACAUGAAAGCACCAAGCUAUGAUUCAGAUGAUGGCAAUGAGAAUGAGGCUCUUCCAGAACCACCUAACAGCCAGCUGAGCUGGAAACAAGGAAGGCAGCUUCUGAGGCAGUACCUUCAGGAGGUGGGCUACACGGACACUAUCCUUGAUGUGAAGUCUCAGAGGGUGAAGGCAUUGCUGGGGCUGACGGGAGACAGUGUGGAGCGAUCUGGAGACCGUAAGACCGAGCCCAUGGUGAACGGCACAGAGCCUUCAUCUCUGAAGGAAAGCACCACCAACAUGAUGGGGAAACCGGAAAUGUCUGAUUCUGCGACGGUUCUGGAGGCCUUCAAGUUCAUUGAGAGCGCAGCUGCAGAGUUCAGUGAUGAGGAGGAUGACGAGGACAGUGAUGGGAGGGAAAAAACCAUCAUUGACUUAGCAACAAUGAUGAGGAAGAAAGUGUCCCCAUCUCCAUCUUCUUCCUCGGCUGAGCUCAGUGAUGACCCGGAUACUGAGGAGGCUCUGAAGGGGUUUGACUUCCUUGCCAGCAGUGAGGACAUGGAGGGCUCACCAGAAUCUCCCGCCACCGGAGAUGUGGUUGAUUGGGAGAAGGAGCCAAACGCCAUGACAGAGGCCUGGGAGGUGGACCAGAGCCUGAUCUCCAAACUCAAGGAGCAGUACAGGAAGGAGCGAAAGGGCAAAAAGGGGGUGAAGAGGCCAAACAAGUCUAAGCUGCAGGACAUGUUGGCUAAUCUGAGAGACGCAGAAGAUCUUCCCUCCAUGCAGCCGCCUGUGGCUCCCCCGUCCAGACCAAGCUUACCCCGCCUAAACGAGCAUGAUCUCAGCCGUGCUGAUGAAGUGGAAGCUCUUACAUUCCCUCCAUCCACUGGUAAAUCGUUUAUAAUGGGAGCGGAUGAGGCUCUGGAGAACGAGCUGGGACUGGGAGAGUUGGCUGGACUGACUGUAGCUAAUGAAGCAGAAAGUCUGGCCUACGAUAUCACCAACAACAAAGACGCUUUGAGGAAGACGUGGAACCCCAAGUUCACUCUGAGAAGCCAUUUUGACUCCAUCCGCAGUCUGGCGUUCCACCCUCAAGAGCCAGUGCUGGUCACAGCUUCAGAGGAUCACACACUGAAGAUGUGGAACCUGCAGAAAACAGCUCCUGCCAAAAAGUGUGCUGCUCUUGAUGUGGAGCCCAUUUACACAUUCCGAGCUCACAGGGGUGCAGUUCUGUGUGUGGUUAUGAGCAAUAACGGAGAGCAGUGUUUCAGUGGAGGAGUUGACGGGACCAUCCAGAGCUGGAACACUCCUAAUCCCAAUAUUGACCCCUAUGACUCAUAUGAGCCAUCUGUGCUGAGGGGGGCGCUGUGUGGUCACACUGAUGCAGUGUGGGGUUUAGUCUACAGUUCAGCCCACCAGAGGCUGCUGUCCUGUUCGGCAGACGGGACGGUGCGACUUUGGAAUGCUGCAGACACCUCGCCCGCGCUUGCCAUCUUUAACGAGGACACGGAGUUUGGCAUCCCUUCCUCUGUGGAUCUGGUGUGCAGUGAGCCAGCUUACAUGGUGACAGCCUUUAGCAAUGGCAGGACAGGUAUCUUCAACAUGGAGACGCAGCAGCUGGUGCUGGAGCUGGAGUCUCAGAACGCUGGGGAGCCAGAUGCCCCUUGUCAGAUUAACAAAGUGCUGAGCCACCCGACACUGCCCAUCACCAUCACGGCACAGGAAGACCGCCACAUUCGCUUCUUCGACAACAACACAGGUAAACUUAUUCACUCCAUGGUGGCUCACCUGGACGCUGUGACCAGCUUAGCAGUGGAUCCUAACGGCCUCUACCUGAUGUCUGGAAGUCACGACUGCUCCAUCCGUCUCUGGAACAUGGAGAGCAAGACGUGCAUUCAGGAGUUCACCGCUCACAGGAAGAAGUUUGAGGAGUCGAUUAACGAUGUGGCGUUCCACCCCACCAAGUGCUACAUUGGCAGUGCCGGAGCCGACGCCCUCGCCAAAGUCUUCGUAUGACCUCUGACCUCUGUGGCCUUGAGGAAGGGAAAUGGACCCUAAUGGCAAAGACAAGAGUUGCCUUUUAGACAGAGGCUUUCCCUUCAUGCUUUGGCAUUCGUUAUGAUGAAUAAAAGAGAACGUUUGUCAGGUGGCCAUCACUCCAGCCCUCUUUACCCACAAACUCCCUGUCUGAAACGUAUAACCCCUCGUCCAGGCAGGCCUGGGUGGGGGAAUAGGACGGCGCAACAACACUUGCAGCUCGGUACAAACAGUCUCUUUGAGAAGUCCAGACACCAACCCUGCUGGAGAGAACCUCUUUAUAGAAGUGUGUAUGUGUGUCUGUGUCUGUGUGUGCGCAUGCAUUCACUGCUCUCCAGCAUGACCGGGUUGCCCACAGAGCUGUCCUGCUUUGCCAACCUCACAGGAAGUCGGGUGCUUCCCACACCGUUUGUUUUUCUUCUUCCUUUCUUUUUCGGCUUCCUGAAAAGAGAAAGUGAAAAAGUCAAGGCUCCUAGCCUCCAUGGUCUGUGUGAUGUUCUCUCAGUGUAAACUGUUUGAUGACGAUGUGCCUUUGUUUCGAACACAGUCUCGGUAAACAGCGGUAACUUCAUAGGUCUAAGUCAAGCUCAGGCUGGAGGGAGUUGUCCCGGUUUAUCAGCUCUUCACUCCCAGAGGGCCGUGCUGUAACAUAAUAAUCAUCAUUCCUUGUUUCUUAGUUUUAUGACACCGUGGGCUUUCCACAGAUUCGUCUCAACAAGUUGCUACAGUAGGGGUAGGGAACAAAUUUUUUCAUGAGCGUUAUAAUUUGGAUCUCCAUGCUGAUAGAAAAUGUUCUUUUCCUCAAAAUGUUAAUGGCUUUGACAUAAGAAAAGUUGAGACUUUAAAGGAAUACAUCAGAGUUUUUCAUCCUCAUUACAGUCCACCAGGUCAGUAGCAUAUGUGCAGAUUUCAAGGGAUAAGAUUUUGACUUGGGUCACGUAGGACUAAGGGCAAAUUAAAAGUCAUUAAUAAAGGGGAAGAAAUCAAGUCGCAAAAGAUGCAAAUUGUUAGUACAUUCUAACACCAAAGGUCUUAUCAAAGCUGUCACUUUCAAAUCCAGUGUAAUUUACUGGAACUGAAUCAUGGACAUCAUGGACUAAAGAAAUCAUUAAAUACAGCAAUGUGCAAAACACCAACAUUCUCCAUAAAAGUGAAAUAUUCAAAUAAGAUUUUUAUUUGUUCUUUUGCCUUUCUUUUAAAAGAAAUUGAAGCAAAGGUCAUUCUAAAGCUCUUGGAGAACCAGCUAUCACAUCUAUCACAUUUUGAUAGCUAAAUUUCUCAAACAUUGAGGCAUGCAAACUAAAAUGUACUUAUUUCUGAGAAGAUAUACCUAGAAGAAAUAUUUAACAAAACAUAAAAACUGUAAUGUGUCUAGGACUUUUAGGUAUCAGUUUAUUUAGCAUAAAUGAAUUAUUUAUUGAUUGAUUACAACAACUGCCCUUUUGUAAAUGUUUUUAUAGACUUCCUUUGUAAAUGUCUUUAUGAUAUAUGGUUCUUUUUCUCAGUACAGUUAAAUAAUUUAAAGCCUGUGGUAAUCACAUAUACUGCAGGUUUGGUGGAUAAGUGCUACAUGAAAAAAAAAAAAACUCUUAAGUAUUCCUUUAAGUGUGAACUCCUCUUAUAUUCUGUAGACGUCAAAAUGAUCAAAUCACAUGGCUUUUAAAAAUCCAAUCCACAAGCCGAGGUUUCUGCCGUUUCUCACUCUCGAGUGUAUGUGAUGUGAAGAUUUGGACUCAGUUCAGAUUCGCUGCUUGUCUUUAAAGCUGGAGGCUCGGAGCUCUGAGGUUCUGUGAUUCAAUCCCUCAAUGAGUUUCACCUGAUUUCUGUUUUCUGCUCCAUGUUUUUAAAUGUUUCUUUUCGUUUGCAUUGUGCUCUCUUCUGAAGACAUUUUGAAAAAUAAGAGUAAUAAAUAUUGAUUUAUAAUAUAAUACAAUAUAAUAUAAUAAUAUACUGUUAUUGUAUUAUAUUAUGAUAUUUGAAUAUUCGUCAUAGUUUGGUUCAUCCAGGACUCGACUUGUACAUAGAACGACUUUAAAGUAAAUUAUUUAUUGAACCUUUUACGGCAUUUCUCUGUGGCUUGACAUCUAAAAACGAAUGGGUUUUUAUUGUGUUGUGUCUAAUUUCUAAAGCACCUUUAAAUAGCUAGAUAAACUCCCCCAAAUUCUGUAUGAUCUAAUUGUUCUAUAGUUUUAUAGCCAUUUAUAUUACAGUAUUUAUUGGAAGCAUUAGGUUGUGAUAUCUAAGCUUGUUUUAGUUGUAACCGUGUCCUCGUUCAUGAAGAGGACCUCCAGCUGAUCCGAUCUGAUGUAAUAGAAUUGUAUGUUUUGUGCAGCGGCUACAGUAUACUCGUUUACUUUACAAGGUUUUGUUUUGUUAUAGUCAGACGCUUCUGCAGGGUUUUUCCUUUUUCCGUCCACAGAGAACGCGAGGCGUCACUAUCAUGUAACGCAAAUGUCGUAACGUUUCAACAGAAGUAGUGAAGUCUGAUUCGAUCCUUUUUCAUGUGAAUGAUUAACUAGCCUAGAAUUAGAUUAGAUGUUGCAUUAACGGAUGAUACUCGAGAAAGGGUGCGAAAUAGAGAGAUCUUUUUUUUCGCACUGUGUUUAAACGAACCUCAGACAAGCUGUACCAGAACUGCAGUGAUUCAGCUUAGCUUUUAAAUGUUUAAGGGAUUUUGUUCCUUUUAUUUAAAAAAAAAAAAACGUUUUCUUUCUGUUAUUUAUAUAUUAAUAGCCUAUUUUUGUUUUGUUUAAGCCAAAUGGAUGAUGAUUAUUUAAGCCACCUGCAGUGGGGACAUGUGGGUUAAUCUGUGGCUUUGGAUGAUCAGGAGUUUUUGGGAAUUUAUGAUGUGUGUCUGAAGUCAGAGAACAAAAGGCUUUUGACACUCCGAACUUUGCACACUCCUGCUUUGACGCUCUGAUCUACCUGAAGGGAUGGCUCUGUAAUGAGUUGAAAUAUAUAUUUUAUAUAGAGUUACGUGGAACAAAUACUAGUUAUUUUUAUUUACUUCUUGUACAGAUGGUGACGGAGGCUGCAAAUGAAUCUUAAGCCAGAUGUGAUGCAGAUUGUUAGAUUAAUAUUAAGUUUUUUUUUUGUUUGUUUGUUUUUGGGGGGGGGUCUGUGAUUACUUGAAACAUGUUGGAGUGUUUCUCUGAGGGUGCCUGUCUAAAAUCCUUUGUUGUUGAUGGGUAAAGAUGCUCAUUUUACACAGAUUUUAUGCCUUUUCUUUGAUGACGUGAGCAAAAGAAAAGAAAGUUUAUCUUAUGUGCUUUUGCUGUCUUUAGUUUCAGGACUUUCGAUUUUAAAUAAUGGAAAUUAAAGGGUUUGUUUUUUGGCUGCUUCACCAAAUGGAGACUAGUAUUAGGUAGAUGGCAGGGGUGUGUGUGUGUGCGCGCAUGUAUACAUGUGUGUUCUGUACUUCUACAGUAAAUAAUUUUUUGAUCCUUUUGUUCUAUCAGGUGCAGAAUAAUUUUAGAAAUUCACUGUGUAUAGUUUUUAAGUGUUUGCAAACAGACUAUUUAUGAACACGAAAUGCAGUGUACAUUGAAGUGCAAAAAAUAAAAAAUAAAUGUUACGCAGUGAUGCAAAGUUUUAAAGGAACAGUUCAGCCAAAAAGUGAAAUGUACACCAUUUUUUAAUUGUACCAAAACAUACUUGGCCAGCCAGGAUGUAGUUUGCACCUUAAAAAAAAUAAGAAGAGGAGGACAACGCUUCUCCAGAAUUUGAUCCUUCACUUCAGUCUGUUGUUAACAAUAAUGUUAAACAACAAUAUUCCAGUAAUGAAGUUCUUCAUUUUAAACUAAUAUUUCUAACUUGAAAUGAUAAAUUGCAGCACAAUUUUUCUUGGGAUAGAGAACUAUUAAAGGUUCCAUCUAAUAUAUAAGCUAAGAAGUGAACAGGUGUGAGUAAGUAAUAAACAUUAAAAUUAAACAAUAACAUUAAUGGACAAUAAGGUGGUCCCUGAAACUGCCUGCAUUCUCAUGGGCUUUGUGUGGGAUCUGUUUUUUGCCCCCUCUUGAUUUAAAUGCCUGUAGUCGAAACAACAACUCUAAAUUGCCCCUACAUGUGAAUAGGUGUGUAUGAUGCAGAGUGCGUCCCACCUCGUACCUUAGUGUUCCUCACACAGGUUUCACAGCCAUCACGACAACAUUUAUGACCAUCUUGGAUAAAGAUCUUAUUGCACUGAUCCACUGACUGUGUUAGAGUGAGGACUAAAUUUAUUUCGUUUUGUCAGAGCUGUUCCUUUAAACUUAAUAGAAUAUAAACGGUCUUAAAGGACAACUCUGAUGUCUGCGGUUCCAUCGGUUUACCCGAUCAUGAAAGCAACAAAGAAUCAAGAUUAAAGAUUUGUUUGUUGUCAUCUUGGACAGAAUUUACAGUACUGCUUUAAUCAGUGCCACAUUAAUUCGGUUAAAAUAAAACAAAUAUGAAUAUGGAAUAUAAUUAUAUCAAAUCUUAUUCCAUUUUAAUCCUUUAAACAAUUCAUAUUUUUCAUAUUUCAACAAAAUAAAUUCCAGGUUUGUGUGCUGCUUUUAGCAAAACCCCAAAUAAAGCAGUCAGACAUAAUACAGACGUUGUUUUUUUCCCCUUUAGUUUGCACUGGAGCUACUGUAUGUAGAUAAUGUAGUAAAUAAGUAUGAGGUGCUUAUAGGUGUUAGUUCAGCAUCAUGCAGAUUCCAUGUCAAAAUCAUUACACACUUGUCUCAAACCAUGUUGAGUUGUUCAGGGUCUCUGAAUUUGUCACAGAGCUAAAACAUUGUAUACGUCCACAGCCUUGGUGAAUUCUCAAUUCUGAUUGGUGGAAAUUGUUGAUUUACCUUUCUAUAACCGCAGCUCUAACAAGUUUCAGUGCACUCCUUCUAUGCAGGUCUUACACAGGGACUUGCAUGAUGCUCCAAGUAAACAGAUUUUAUGCUGAAGUUUUCCUUGAAGGAGUCUCCAGUGUCCGCACUGUUACGCUUAUAACGCAAGUGACAUCACGAACUAAGUGUUUUCACACAACAUUAAAUGUAAUUAUUAAUGGAUAAAACUAUGCUCUGGUGUUCUUUAAUUGGUCAUUUAAAAAUAAUAAUUGCUGUGGUAUAACACUAAAUGUGCUGUUAUAAGGAAAAGAAUCAAUAAGCAUCGCAUCACUCCAUCAUUGAUUAUGUGCUUAUAACUGCAUGACUCCAGUAGUUUUAUUUUUUGACAUGAUACACAAUUAUUUGGCUUUUCAGUUGUUUUAUGGGGUUAAAGACUUCAUGAAUCAUGUGUGUCAAUACUGCAGGUUUAGACUUUUUACUUCUAGCUCCAGUGCAAAAUAUUUCUCCUAAUGAUAAAUUUUCUCAUAUUGACUAAGUUACUACAUUUAUGAUAAUGAGGUAAAAUAUCUAACAUAUUGUUUUUAUUGCUCACAUUUGUACUUUCCUGUAUGUCAAACCGAUGAAACUACAUUUUCAGACAUCGGAGUCGUUUUUAAAUUAAAUUCAGGAAUUGUCGAUUGACAAGAACUGCGCCUCCUGCUGGUCAGAGAUGGGGAAUUUAUUGGCUGAUUUGGUGAAAUAGGUUAAAUGUGAAUGUACCUUCAGACUCGAGUGCUGGUGGUUUUAACCGAAUCAAAAUAAUCCACAUCAUAAAGCAGCAUUAUUACACUGCCAGUGAGCGACCCCAGUAAGGCAGUGUGGACUUUAAACUCCCUCCAGUUCCUGCAUUGCUUCAUCUGAGCAUUCAGGUGAUCUGUUUAUUAUUAGGCCACAGGUUUAAACAGUGACAGAUGACCUGUUUCCAUCCUGCCACGUCUCCUGUGUGGUGUCCUGUGAUUCGAAGCAGUGCUCGGUGAAAUGCCUAUUUUUAUGGUGUUUAGGAAGAAGUUUGUUGUGAACAUGCUGAUCAAGAUCGGCUCUGUUUGCAUUUCAUUCACUACAGAGAUUAUAAUAUGAAACAGGGUUCUGUGUACUGAUUCGAGCGAGUUUUUGGAACAUGUGAAGCACCAGAUUUGAAAUUCUAACCCAUGUGAUGUAAAGAGAGAUUAUACAAAUUGGAUAAAUAUGUGAAUUCACUUGUACAUAUUUAUAGUUUAUUCUUUUCCAUGUUGUAUUUUCUUUCUUUUUUGCAGAUGGAAGACAUUUAUCAAUAUAAUACAAUAAUAAAAGAGAAUGUUGUA